AUGACAACCGUGAGAAUAUUUCUCGGAGUUGCUGCUGCAAAGAAGUGGGAAUUGCAUCAGAUGGAUGUACACAAUGCAUUUCUUCAUGGGGAUUUAGAAGAAGAGGUCUACAUGAAACCUCCUCCUGGGUUUAAAACUGAUGAUCCUACUCUGGGAUCUUCUGAACUGUAUGUGCUUGUGUAUGUCGACGAUUUGAUAAUUGGUGGGAAUGAUCCAGCUGCAAUUGCAGAGUUUCAAGCGUACUUGAGUACAUGCUUUCAUAUGAAGGAUUUGGGCAAGUUGAAGUAUUUCCUCGGGAUAGAGGUGGCUCGUAAUCCGGAGGGUAUAUUUCUUUGUCAAAGAAAAUAUACACUUGAUAUUAUCACGGAGACUGGUAUGUUGGGAAGUAAACAAGCUACGUUUCCAAUGGAGCAGCAACAGAAGUUGGCUCUGGCUGAAGGGCCGUUACUUGGCGAUCCAGAAAGAUACAGACGCUUGGUUGGUCGUUUGAUAUAUCUUGCUGCAACAAGACCCGAUUUGACGUAUCCGGUUCAUGUCUUGUCGCAGUUUAUGAAGUCUCCUCGCACUGAUCAUUGGAAAGCUGCGUUGAGGGUUGUGAGAUACUUGAAAGGAACGCCUGGACAAGGUAUUCUUCUGAAAUCAGAUUGUGACUUGAAGUUGCACGGUUGGUGUGACUCGGAUUGGGAAGGUUGUCCCUUGACUCGGCGGUCAGUGAGUGGUUGGUUCGUCACUCUCGGCUUAUCUCCGGUUUCUUGGAAAACGAAGAAGCAGGAGGUUGUCUCUCAUUCCUCUGCAGAGGCUGAGUAUAGAUGUAUGUCAAAGGCGGUGCGUGAGUUGAAAUGGCUGCGGCGUAUACUCGAGGAUCUUGGUAUUUCACAUGAUACUCUGAUGGAUUUGUCUUGUGACAAUCAGGCAGCCUUGUACAUCGCAGCCAAUCCAGUGUUUCACGAACGCACCAAACACAUUGAGCGGGAGUGUCAUAGUGUGCGUGAUGCAAUCGUGGAGAAGCUCAUUGUUACGAAUAAGGUGACGACGACGGAGCAGUUGGCGGAUAUAUUUACAAAAGCUCUCGGUCGUCGUGAGUUUGAGAACAUCAUGUCCAAGUUGGGAACAUGUAACUUACACGCUCCAACUUGA